AUGAUGCUGGUAAAGUUCCUGGUCCUUCUCGUGGCGGGAGGUUUAGCAGCUGAGAAUGGCACAGCCUCGGUGCUUCAAAGAGCUUGCAAAGCGGCGCAAGACUCCCUUGGAGCUGAUCAAGUGGACACAUCGCCUUUGAACCAAACCAUUGUCGAAGACAAUUGGUCGUUGUCAUGUUUGGCUGAGCCGUACUGUAUCAUUCUCCCUCGCAAUGCAAGGGCCAUUUCGACCGCUAUCCAAAUCAUCGCCUACUUCAAUGCCUCUUUUGCCGUCCGCGCCGGGGGCCACUCGCCCAAUCCGGGCUGGUCAAGCGUUGACAAGGGAGGGAUCUUGGUCGACCUGCAGUACAUGAACAAAGUCUCCCUCACAAGCGACAGUAACGUAGCCAGUGUCGGUCCUGGGGCACGAUGGGGCGACGUAAUGAAGGUAGUGAACAAGCGGAACGUAUCCGUUGUCGGAACACGUGCCCCUGACGUGGGUGUUGGAGGAUCUCUUCUAGGAGGGGGAUAUUUUUACCUGUCCGGAUACGGUCUCGCGACAGAUAACGUGAAAAGCUUCGAGAUCGUCCUGUCGAGUGGGAAAAUAGCAAAUGCUAAUGCACAUGAAAAUGACGAUCUUUUCUGGGCCCUUAAAGGAGGAGGGCCGAAUUUUGGGAUCGUGACGCGAUAUGACCUCAACACCAUUCCCGUCAACAAGAUAUGGUACAAAGUAUUGUCCUAUCCGACUGAUCAGGCCAUGAACGUUCUCGAUGCCGUUGCGAAGUGGCAGCUUGAGGGGGGCUCUUCCGACCCCAAAGGGAAUAUAAUUUUCUACAUCGGAUUGGAUUCGAUUUUGCUUGGUCUUGUCUACGCAGAGCCACUGGCUGGGCAGCCAAGCUGUUUUGCUUCGUUCAACAAGCUGGCGCCAGUCACAGUUGCUGUUCCGGCUACCAAUGGGACCUUUACUUCCCUCAAUGUCAUCGCUGAGUCGAGCGUAUCGAAUGCAACCAUACGCCAUGACUACAGGGGUGUCAGCUCGCUCGUCGACGCGCAGCUAUACAAAGACGUCUACAAGUUCUGGCUAGAGAAGGCCAAAGCAGUCUACAACACCACGGGGUCCAAGCAAACUUUCGCGAUACAGCACGUCCCCAGCAGUAUCGCCGAGCACGGGGCUAGACAAGGUGGCAACCCGAUGGGUAUCCCGCAGCAGACACAUCAAUGGUGGACGACGCUCGUCGACUGGACUGACGAAUCAGCGGAUGGUCUUGUUCGAUCCGUUGCCAUCGAGACCACGGCGUACUGGCAACGGCUCUCGCAGGAGCGAGGGCUUGACGUCUCCUACAUCUAUAUGAAUGAUGCUGCGCGAGAUCAAGACCCGAUCGCUACAUACGGAGGCGCGAACGUCCAGACACUGAAGGAAAUUGCAGCAAAGUACGACCCGGGCCAAGUUUUCCAGCGAUUGCAGAACGAUGGGUUUCUACUAUACAAAGUCCGGACUUGA